GAUGCGUGUUGAUGAACAUACAUGAUAGAUUGACAUUGCACCUUUCUAAUUGAUGCAUUGAGUGAAUGGCACAUACCACCGUAUCUACGAGCAUAUAACUUUUAUUAAAAAUAAAAAAUUAGAAAAAUAGCCUAAUGAUGUUUUAAAAAAGCUAAAUAAUUAUUAAAUAGGAACAAAGCCUAUCUCUCCUUCAUUUUUUUUCCUCAUGUAGCUCCCCUAGUUUUCCAUGAUUUUCUGGAAAUUAUUUCUCUUGUUAAUUGAUAGCACAUAGAAAAUUAAGAAAUAAAUCUUAAAAUAAAACAAGGAAAGUUUCCAUUUUCGUGGGUGCAUGCAAUGGGUCCCCUGCAUGAUUCCACCCAAUCCGAAGCUCUCUUGCUCCUUUCCCCAUUUAACCUCCUCCCUUAACCCCUCAAAUAUUUCCUUCUGUCAACCCUUCCAUUUGCCAAACCAACUCUACUCCGAAUCCCUUCAAAUCCGCUCCCUUUCUCCCUCCUAUUUUUCUCAGCAACUGCUGACUUCUUUCCCGGUCUUUUCUCUUUGACCAGUUCUGUUAUAGGAUUUGAGAAGGCUAUUGUGGUUUUGAGUUCCUUGGGAGUUCUUAGGUAGGUGUUGGAUACCUGCCGCGGAUUUGGUCGCUGGUCCUCGACUUCUCUUUGGAGUGGAAGAAUGACAGUAGAAGAGAGCGGGAGAAGCAAGGGGAAUGAUGCGGAAACCACGGACAAGUUCCCCACGGGCAUGCGUGUUCUCGCCGUCGAUGAUGAUCCCACUUGCCUCAAGUUGUUGGAGAAUCUUCUCCUGCGCUGCCAUUAUGAUGUUACAACAGCCAGUCAGGCAAUCGUCGCUUUGAAAAUGUUGAGGGAGAACAAAGACAAGUUUGAUCUGGUUAUCAGUGAUGUCCACAUGCCAGACAUGGAUGGUUUCAAGCUUUUAGAGCUUGUGGGCCUCGAAAUGGACCUCCCUGUUAUUAUGAUGUCUGCAAAUGGCGAUACUAAAGCUGUGAUGAAGGGGAUAACUCAUGGUGCUUGUGACUAUCUGUUGAAGCCCAUCCGGAUUGAGGAGCUUAAGAACAUUUGGCAGCAUGUGGUUAGGAGGAAAAAGUUUGAUUCAAGAUAUCAGAAUGAAGGGGAGAGUAGUCUGAAGGCCCAACUUCCUAAUUCUGAAGGCGUGCAGGGGCCUCGUGAUCGUAGUGGUAAGCUUAACAGGAAGAGGAAGGAUCAGACUGAAGAAGAUGAACUAGAUUCUGAAGAAAACCUGCAUGGGAAUGAAGAUCCCUCAACGCAGAAGAAGCCAAGAGUCGUUUGGUCCGUUGAGUUGCAACGCAAAUUUGUCGCUGCUGUUAAUCAAUUGGGCGUUGACAAGGCUGUACCCAAGAAGAUACUUAGUCUCAUGAAUGUUGAGAAGCUAACAAGAGAAAAUGUUGCAAGCCAUCUGCAGAAGUACAGGCUCUACCUGAAAAGGCUCAGUACUGUGGCAAACCAGCAAACUCACAUGGCCACCGUUUUAGGAGGUAGAAACUCCUAUAUUAAUAUGAGUUCAUUGGAUGGUUUUAGUAAUUUUCACGCAUUGAGGGGAUCUGGACAGCUACCAACUCUUGCAUCUUUUCAACCAAAUGGUUUACCUGGUAAAAUGAAUAGUUCAUCUGCAUUUGGAAUGCAUGGGUUGGUACCUUCUCAGAAUGUUCAACUUGGCUGCACCCAGAACAACAGAAGCUAUCCUAUUAAUGAUCUCAGGAAGCUUCAGGGCAUUAGUCUACUUGGAAACCAUCAAGGAAAUUCACUUCAGGGGAUGCCAACUUCUAUGGGACCAGAUCAGCUGCAACAACCCAAGGUAGUGCAGGAAGCAAACAAUAUAUUGCCUUCUGGUUUAUCUGGCAGUGGACUGGCCAAUGGUGUUUUCAGCAGCACUUUUGCUAAUAUGACAAACAAUGCUUUGUCAAUACAAGCAAAUAAGGAGCAGACACAAACUGGGGGAUCGGGCAAUUAUUCUUCUGUUAGAAUGCCUUCCUCUAGCUCAGACCCUUUUGAGUUUUGUUUUGGGGACUCUUCUUACUUUCCUGAUCUUGUUAGAUGUGAUGACACUUGGCAAGAUGUUCUUUCAUCAACUGAUCUUUGUGCAAGCACUUUGCCUAUAUGUGCUCCUUUUAGUAAUAACUGUUCUUCUACCAACAACAUUGGAGGCCGUGUUUCUCCAAUUAUCUCAAAUAUGAAUGGUGAUAUUUGUUGUCAACCUUCCAUCCAUGUUACAGUGGCACCCAUGCACGAUUCAGUGAUAGGAAAUGAUGUACAUGGCAAAGUCGGUUCCCUUGGUGGGAGCAUGAUGCCUAUUCCAAUAGGUGCUAAAAAAGACCCAAAGUUCUCAGAUUUUGGAAGCUCAGACAAACAGAACCAUAGCUUUAAUCCUAUUUAUGAUCGGAUAUUGAGCAAUGGCAUUGGUAACAAAAGGACGGAUACAGAUGUGAUUGGACAAAAGGUGCUUGAUUCUUCAGGCCUUGCACAAGAUUGCAGUAUCGAUAAGUCAAGAGCUAAUGGUCAGCUGACUUACAAGGAUGAAGAUGCAUUGGAGAUCACAAAGUCGCAGUGUGAUUUUAAUUCUACUGAUUGCAGCCAUGAUGGAUUUGCGAAUGCCAUGAUUAAGCCGGUUGAUGGAGAGCCGAAUGCUUCCAGUAGUAAGUCCAGCAUGCAACAUUAUAUAUGAGCUUCUUUUGCUCUUGGAUCUUGGUCAAGGAUGGAGGAACUUAAUGUUGUCAAAUUCGUGGAUGGAGUUUUAGGAUGUGAAUGUUAAUAUGGAAGUGAAACCCUUCAGUUUGAGGACUAAUGGUUCAUUGUUGACAGAUUUGUACAUCAUUUCUGAACUUAUUUUAUGCUGCUGUGCAGUCCCUCUUUCAUGGGUGCUAUUUACAGUUGUCGCAUUAGUUUACCUUUGCUUUUUCUAGGAUACUCAAACGUGUGCAUCAAAUGAUCAUUUGAUGAAAAGUUGGUGGUUUUGCAUUAAAAUGCUGUAAUGUGGACCUUUAUGUUAGUAUGAAUAAUUAUUGUUUGUAUAGGUGAAA